GUUUCUACUUAUCAUACACUCAGAAGUGCUGCUGGAAAUGCUGGUGUUAACCUCAAACUAGUCCCCCCAAUAACAAAUAAUAAAAUAGUGAAAAUGUUGUUGAUUAAAGUGAAUUCACGUGUGAGCACCAGAUAUCCAGCAGCAGUACGAGUGGUUCGACACUCGAGUGGUGCAGUGUCAACUAGACAAAUUGAAGAAAAUCACAUUCAAUACCCACCGAUACAGGAUACCAGCUUCAAAGCCUCUUUCAGAAGGUACCAGGAGAAGAAACAUGCCACAGUCAAGGCGGUCAAGACCGCCGAGGAGAAGAUGAUCAAACUUAACUUCACAAGGUACUGGGGAUUCAAAACACUCAUGUACGAGGAGGGGAGAAUUUUUUACAAUGAACUACCCCAUUCUCAGUACAUCACGAGAACACACGUUAUCAGCGAAGCAAAAUUACCUGAAUUCUAUGACAACUUGGUGGAGCCGGAAACUCUGGAGGAAUUGGUAAAGGAGAUCAAGGGAUUCUUCGAGGAUGGAAUUGCUUUUGAACUUACCAGUCGAAAUCGAGCCCAGGAAAUCCCUGAGAACAUAAUGAAGAGCCCCAUACAACGCGAGAACGUGGUCUGCGAGUUCGUGGGACUGCAGGCUAACCGGAUCCUGGCAUCAUCCCUAGCACGUCGCUACCCUCACCUCCUUGAGGCUCAAACUGACCGCAACCCUCGUGUGGAAGCUUUCUGGUUUGCUGGUGGUCUUGAGCUCCACAAGUACAUAACUGUGGGGAGGAAAGCAAGAGGCUGGCACGAGGUGCUCGACGAACCUGCGGACAGAGCCCUUCAAUACCUGGGGCAACCAUCGCUGCAGCUGAGGCACAAGCUCCCUCUGAAGGAGAUCAUCCCAUUGUCAGAGUGUGAAAAUCCAGAUUUCGAUAUUCCCACGUUUAAGUACGAUCCAAGAACACUGGGUCACUGCAGAAAGCGAAGACAUGGUACGAAUAUUCCGGGAUUUUGGCCGGGGGAUGCCCUCGAAUUUGGACUGUUGUCUUAUCAUAAACGAGGGUACAUGCUGGGGAGAAACUGGAACGAUGAGGUCGACGCUUUGAAGACCCAGGCUGUUUAUGCUAACUGGGCAUGGCUGUUGGCUCAAGCAUGUCAUCUGGGUUUCUCGACGUACAAUGAUGUCACUUAUCCUCUCGUUAACCAAUCCGUCAUCACCAAUGGCCAAUGGUGGUCGUUCGCCGUGUAUCAAUUGAAUACGACUCUGGUGAACAACUGGUACAACGAUUCAAAUCCAAAGAGAAAUAUUCUGUGGAUGACGGAGCCCAUGAAGCUUUAUGAAAAAAUUGAGGAUGGAAAGCUCGUGGGUGUGAACGAUGAUGUACUCAAAACCCUCAUCAAGUUUUACGCCAAUGCACCUGAAGAGAGGGAAGGAGUCGUCAUGAAGCCCUACUUGGGGGAGGAUGAGAAAGUAAUAGCCGAUAUUGAGCACAACGACAGGAGGGUUUUCGUUGAGGAUUGUUACAAAACACUCAUGUCAAAUCGACCUCGUCACAAACUGGAACCUGAGCUGUACCAGUGGGAGUGGAUCUACAAACACAUGUUCAAGACGCGGCCACUGGACAAACGUCGCACCCCCUGGGAUUACGGUAUCAAUCCAUUCCUGAGGAGACUCGACGAGCAUCGGCUGAGAUAUUUACGGAAGAGUUUGAGGCCGGUGGACAAACCGAGAGAGAAAUACUUGCCGAAUUAUUAUCCGUGAUAAAAUUCGAGUUGUUGUAAAUGUAGAAGGCCAACUUUCAGAAGCUAUGGAGAGGAAUAUGAACAAAAUUUUAUUCCAACUGUAUACAAUUGAUUUUCCUGAAGAUUUCACCAAAAACGUGCAGUGAAUCCUAACUGUCGUCCUCGAGUGAUUUUUGUUACAGAAGGUCAGAAAUAUAGAUAAUCAGAUAAUGCAGGAAAUUAUGACAUUAA